GGACUCAGAGACUGCUCUGGCCUUGAGACGAGCCUUCUCCAAAGGGGUUUUCUCCUCCCUUCGCGGAAAGAAAACCCAUGGGCCUAAAAUCCCACUUCCUUUCCUGUUUCCUCUGUGAAAUUCCACUGCAGGAGAGAGUGAAUGUUGAACAAGGGAAGGGAAAAAGUUGUAAGCUGAGCCUGGUCACGUUGGCCCUUGUGAUAUAGUUUUAUUUUUAACUUGGAAACACUCGGACUAUUUCUGUUGAAGUUUUCUCCGCUUCCUCGCCUUCCCCACAGAACUCCACGUUCCGCUUCAGCUGAUGCAUGAGCAGCCACCUGCCCGGGAGCCCGUUCGGUGUCCAGGGACCCAGCUGUAGCAGAUGCGGACUCAGCCUGGGCUGAAGUCAGCCUCUGUGUUAAUUGCAGGUCAUUCUCAGGUGGCUUAAACGCCAUCCACCACAUCACACCACUUACGUUAAGAAGCAAGAAAAACUGAGAAGCUAUGGGCAGGGUACACAGGUCCCCACCUGGACAGCACAGGCAUUGUGAGGGAUGCAUCAACCGCCAUUGCAGUGUUCCUGUGGAGCCGGGUGUCUCCUGUCUGGUGAUAAAAUGCCACCUGCUAUGCGGUGCAACUUUCCACAUGUGCAAAGAAACAGAGCAUGAGCUCCUGUGUCCUUUAGAACAGGUUCCAUGUCUCAACUCUGAAUACGGCUGUCCCCUUUCCAUGUCCCGUCACAAGCUGGCCAAGCACCUGCAGGUGUGCCCAGCCAGCGUAGUCUGCUGCUCCAUGGAGUGGAACCGCUGGCCAAACGUGGACUCAGAAACAAUCCUUCACGAAAACAUCAUGAAAGAGGCUCUGAGUGAGGAAUGUUUGGACACAGCCCUGGCCCUGCAGGACCAGAAGGUCCUCUUCAAAUCCUUGAAAAUGGUAGAACUUUUCCCAGAGACUAGAGAUGCCACUGAGGAGGUACCCACUAUGAAUGGCGAAGCCAGUUGGGAGGAAAUGGCAGGAGCGGUGGGGGGAGUGGAUGCCACUUUCGUAUCACAUGCAGCAGCUAAUGGGGAGAUGACAGAGUUGAGCCAAGAAGAACGAGAGGCAUUAGCCAAAACCAAAGAAGGGAUGGACCUGGCCAAGUUCAACCAGUGGGAAAACAUGUUCAGCAAAGAGCAUGCAGCCACUGCUUUAACAAGUGCAUCGGCAAGGUGUGAAAACAAGAAUAAAAAAGGAGCAGGGAAAGAGCAGAGUUCUAGCGGCAAUAGCAUAGCAGACACAGAAAGUGCUGCCAAAGAGAAAGAGCCACAGGAAGACCUGUACCGGCGGAACUUGGCUGCAGUCGUAGAAGAGACAGGGCUUGCUCCCUGGCAGGAUGGUGUUCUGGAAAGGCUGAAGACAGCCGUGGAUGCAAAGGACUAUAAUAUGUAUCUAGUGCACAAUGGGAGGAUGCUCAUUCACUUUGGGCAGAUGCCUGCCUGUACACCCAAGGAGAGAGACUUUGUUUAUGGCAACCUCGAGGCUCAAGAAGUUAAGACUGUUUACACCUUCAAAGUUCCCGUGAGCUACUGUGGAAAGCGAGCUCGGCUUGGAGAUGCCAUGUUGAGCUGCAGGCCGAGUGAACACAAGGCUGUGGAUACUUCAGAUCUGGGGGUCACCGCAGAGGAGCUGCCCAAAUCAGACCUCAUUAAGACCACCCUCCAGUGUGCUUUGGAAAGAGAGCUCAAAGGCCAUGUUAUCUCUGAAUCCAGGAGCAUCGAUGGGCUGUUCAUGGAUUUUGCCACACAGACAUAUAACUUUGAGCCAGAACAGUUUUCCUCUGGGACAGUGCUAGCUGACCUCCUUAGCACAGCCAACCUGGGGGGACUCCACGUGGAGCUCCAAAGUGAGUGUGUGACCAGGAGACACAACAAGAGUAGCUCUGCCUUUACUUUCACCUGCAACAAAUUCUUCCGAAGGGAUGAGUUCCCCCAGCACUUUAAGAACGUCCACACAGACAUUCAGUCAGGCCUCAAUGGCUGGUUCCAGCAUCGAUGCCCCCUCGCCUACUUGGGAUGUACGUUUGUCCAGAACCAUUUCCGUCCCCCAGGGCAAAAGGCAAAAGUGAUCUACAGUCAAGAGCUCAAGACUUUUGCCAUCAAGCCAGAGGUUGCUCCAGAGCUGAGCGAGGGAAGGAAGAACAACCAUCUCUCGGGCCAUGGAGGAAAAAGCCAGCAUUGUUUAACCAACCUUCCCCUGGAGGUUUUGCAGUACAUUGCUGGGUACUUGGACAGCAUCAGCCUGUCCCAGCUCUCCCAAGUAUCUACACUGAUGAGGAAUAUCUGUGCCACUUUGUUACAAGAGAGAGGAAUGGUUCUCUUGCAAUGGAAGAAGAAGAGAUAUGCCCAUGGAGGAUCUUCCUGGAAAGUCCACAGAGAGAUCUGGCAGUUCAGCAGCCUGUUCUCCAAAAUCAAGACCUGGGAGUUUGAUGAAGUUACUUCCAUGUCUGAGCACUUGAAGGCCUGUCCUUUCAACAUUGUAGAGCACAAGUCUGACCCGAUUCGUUUGACCAGCAUGUGCCAACCCCAUGAGCAGGCCCAGGAGAGCUUAGUUUCUACCUUUCGAGGCAGACUACGAGGAAGACACACCUAAAGAUCCAGAUGCUCCCAUGUUUGGAUUUCUCCUUGGAGUUGUUAAAAGCAAGACAGCAUGUGGCUUGCAGACUCGGCUCUGUAGCUGUGUGCUUGGGUUUCUGGGUGUGUUAAAACAUGCAAUGUCCUUCAAACCUCACUCUUGGCAUAAGAAUUUCCUGAGCUAUGGCUUGUAUUAGAGUGCCAUGCUGAUGUCUGUUUUCUUUUCUUAGAUAGCUCAGUCUGAGGAGAAAGUAAGUAACUUGAGGCCAUUUGGAUAGUGGACCCAAAUCCUGAGGAGAUGAGAGAACAGUAAAAUUCCAGAACCAUCACAAGCCUGUGGUUUUACCUACCUUUUUAAUUUACAAAGAACUUGGAUACUCAUGCAGCAGAUAAUGCUGGACAGUGCCUGAGAGGCAGAGAGUUGUCUUCCUUCCUGAAGGUUCUGGAUCUAGGUCUGUCUUCCAGAAAAGUCCAGUGCUUCUUUCAGUCCCCUUACUGCCUCCAAGUCCAGGUGGGUACAGCUCACCUAACUGAGCAGAGUUACCAUGAGGGCAUCAUAGGCCAAAGGACGAGGGCGUAAUGAGGUCACUGAAUUUAUUCUGUAGAAUCUUGACAACAUAUAGAAAGAAAGCCUUGAAAAAUUAAGGAGAGCCCAGAGGAGACACUGCAUUUAUAGAGAAAACUGGGAUAAAAACACAAGUCUACUUCUGAAUAUUUUAAUAAUAACUUAGAAGUUGAGGAUGUUCUUUAUUAAAAAGAACAUUCUAGGUCUGUCUUAGGGAUGGCAUAGGCAUAGCCCAGUGUUGCUCCAUGUCAUCAGAAAUGAUAUCAACUCGUAACAUCAAACUCACACCAGAUUGCACAGGGUGUCCAAAGACACCAUACCUAUGGCAAAGUCCAGACAAAGUCCAUUAAAGUCCUUGUGGCAUCAGCCACCAGGUCCUAGACACCCCUUGGGUACUAUGUAUGGGGUUUUGGAGAGGAAGAUGAGAAUAUAAUGGUUUCCUAAAAUUACUCCUACCACAUGCCUCACCUCCAGCCUUGUCAAAAAUGGAUGACACUGCUAUUUUUGGUAACAAACUGAAUAUAUGUGAGAACAGAAAUUUUAAAACUUAUAGUAAAAACUGGUAUCUCCUACAGCAGGGUUUCCCAGGCUUGGAACUAGUGACAUUUUAAACUGGAUAACUCUUUGCCAUAAUGGACUGUCCCAUGUAUUAUAGAAUAUUUAGUAGCAUCCUUGGCCUUUAUCCAUCAGAUGCCAGUAGCACCUCCAUAAUGAACAGCCAAAAAGGUCUCCAGACAUUGUACAGUGUCCUCGGGGAGCAAAAUGGCUCCUGGCUGAGAACCACUGUCCUAAGGAUGUUGUACACAUGACAAUGAGUUAGGAUACACUUUUUUUUUGGUACAGUAAAAUAUAGCCUCACAUAGUUAACAAAAAUGUCUAUGGUAUAAUGUAUCUCUUAUUUAUGCAGUAAUAUUAAGUUGGGAACCAGAUGGGGCUGAUUUGCUUGGUGCCUUCAUGUCCUUGAGCUGCAUGCAAGAAUAUAACCUUUCUGCUCUCUCCCAGGUAUUAUAAUUGAAGCGAGGUGAGCCGGGGGUUUAGCUCAGUGGUUCUGCCACCUGCUUCCCAAGUACAAGGAGUGGAGUUCGAUCCCUGAUACCGACAACAACAAUAACAACAAAAAUUGAAGCUAGGAAGUUUAAAUUGUCUUGUGUUUAAAUCCCUCUUCCCUUAAUUGGUGCCAUUUUCCCAGCAGUUCUAGCAGUUCUCAGACAAGUAAGAAAGAGGGAAAAUGGGACAGGCAUUGUAAGGAAGCAGAGAGAAAAGAAUUUAGCCAAUGAAAGAAAGUGUUCCAUCAAUUUGGAUGCUGCUGUUACUUGGGUCUUGCUGUGACCAUGGGCCAGAGCUGGCAUCCAUGAAGUAGACUGCAUUUCUGAGAGUCACGAUGGGAGUAGAGCAAGUCCCAGACUGGAAAUGUACUCACUUUUUUUUUCAUUAUAUUGUGCCAUUUGGUAGAUUUGGUAAUGUUAUUAUGUAUUUCUUAAUAUUAUUGUUUGAUUUAUAUUUUCAUUUGUAUAGAAGUCAUCAUUUUCGACAACUGUAGAGUGUGAUCUGAGGUUCUUUUAGUCAGUGUAGAUGAGUGACUAGAAACUGCUAGACACUGAAGUAGGAAAGAAGGAAGAGAGUUCUCCACCCAUCAGUUCCAUGUGUUUUUGUUGUUGCUGUUGCUGGUUUUUUUUUGUGUGUGUGGUUUUUUGUUUUUGUUUUUGGUACCAGGU